CUCUCAGCUGUAUGUUGUGGGUUCCUCUCCUCUGCUCUCAGCACCAGCCAGGCCCUGACAGAGCUGAACCUUUGGGGGGCGAAGCUGGGAGAUUCAGGCAUGCAGGUGUUGUGUGAGGGACUGAGACAUCCCAACUGCAAACUGCAGAAAAUACUGUUGGGGAGUUGCAGCCUCACAGCUGCUUGCUGUGGGGAUCUCUCCACUAUUCUCAGCACCAGCCAGAGCCUGACAGAGCUGGAACUGGCGGAUAACAAACUGGGGGAUUCAGGCGUGCAGCUGCUGUGUGAGGGACUGAAACACCCAGACUGCAAACUGCAGAAACUAGUACUGGGGUAUUGUGAUCUCACAGUUGCUUGUUGUGGGGAUCUGUCCUCUGUUCUCAGCACCAGCCAGACCCUGACAGAGCUCGGCGUAAGGUGGAACAACCUAGGAGAUUCAGGAGUGCAGCUGCUGUGUGAAGGAUUAAAACAUCCAAACUGCAAAUUACAGAUACUGCAACUGAGUGGUUGCCAUUUCACAGCUGCUUGUUGUGGGGAUCUCGCCUCUGCGCUCAGCACCAACCAGACACUGACAGAACUGAUCCUGGGAGAGAAAACAAUGGACAACUCAGGUGUGAAACAGUUGUGUGAAGGACUGAAACACCCAAACUGCAAACUGCAGAAACUGGGCUUGAGCAGUGUCAAUGUAAAUGAAGACACACAGAGAGAGCUAGAUGCUGUGAAAAAGAGGAAACCUGAUAUGGUCAUACAUAUAUGGAGGAAUUGGUGAGCAGGAGCCAUUGCACCGACACUGCUCUGGCCUGGCUGUCGGCCUGCUAGCUGGGACAGCAGCUAGGGACAGGACCUGCCUCUUUUAAGGCAUCUCUGGCAUCACCAAGGACUCCGGAUGCAUAUUCUCCUGCUGGUGUUAAGAGUGAGAACCUCACACUGUGGGGAAAAUACGCUCCCGUUUUGUGAGCUUGUUGAAUUUACACAUUCAGCCUCCACAGGCGCAGGACUGGAAGAGACUGUCAGGUCUGUGAGAACCAAAGGCUUAUUAUAUGGAGCUGGUUAGGCUUUUUAGGUUCACCCACUGAUAUCUGCCCACAUCCUCAAGCUUGUAGACCCCUGUUGCUUAUUGAAAGAAAUGUUGUUUGGUUUCAGUUUUAUAAAUUGUAUUAAAACUAUUACACCAACAAACUGUAUCACCAAAGUGAAGCUACUAAUCGUACUACAAAACUAAAUGAAGCACAGAGCAAUGCAACUAUCCAAACAAAAUCAAACCCCAAUUAAAUUAGUCUCAGUGUUAAAUCAAAACUAU